GAACGAAACUCAAAUUUGUUUAUCAGACCAUAUUGUUUCCUAUUGCUUGCAAAAUGGUUUUAGUCUCUAGUUUCAAGAUUUAAGCCUAUUAUAAUUUUGUCCAUAGCUUGUGAUUCCGUCCACUGCCAAGCUCUGGUCAAACCUCCCAUGAUGCCCGGGGAGGUAGCCCGUAUCGUGAAGACUGCUGACGGGUGCUGCGAUAAAUAUGAGUUGGUCUGUAAGCCAGAAACCUGUACUAUCCACCUUCUAACUUGUACGCCUCCUCAGCUGAUGAAAAAUAUCAACCCAGGGGAAUGCUGUCCAACAUUCCAGUGUGAGUGCCCAGCCGUGUGUCCAACCGCAGUUAAACCAACAUGUCAAGUCGGAAAAGUUGCUGUACCUGUAGAUACUACUUGUAAUUGUACCAGUUACACAUGUGUGAGCCGUGUCCCGUUAGACUAUGGACCUGCAGUCUGCUGGUACAAACACUCUAAUGGUUCAAGCCUUUCCUACAAGGUGAAUGAAACCUGGACAGAUGGAGUAUGUAAAUCCUGUGAAUGUGAGAAACGACUGGGUGGAAAUGGAGAAGUAUGUCACCGAGAGAGACAGUGUGUCAAUGGGGUUGGGGGUGAUGGACAAUGGGGAGAGUUAUUGAACUUGUCCUCUGGUGAACACUACACAAGGGAGAUAAUUGAAAGUGAGUGUUUAGGAGGGGAAGCUUUGUCUCUGGAAAGAGUUUACAAACCCAGUAUUGACGGCUACUUCACUCGACAGAAGGAACUGUGA